CGCACCCACCUCCCCGGCCCGAGGCACACUGCAGCUCGGCGCCGACUCUCCGGCCCCGGCGAGGUGGCUGCAAACUCUCGGGCACGCACGGCGCUCGGGGAUCCGGACUCGGGGGAGGGGACGCGCACGGAAGGCGCCAGCUUCCUCCCGCCCGCCCCUCGCAGCCGCGAGCCGAGGUCGGAGGAACCCGGAGCCCCAGCCCGGCAGAGCUGAGCGGCGGCGGCGGCUUCCCUUUUCUCCCCCAGCGAGCCCUGAAGCGCCUCGGGGACCGGCCCUAAAAAGAGCAGGAAAUCUUGUUUACCGCCCAAGGAGCACAGCCGAUCGAGCCUUUGUCUGGAAAGUCAGCAUCUCUGGCUCCGUCAGCAAUGUGUGCCUGGUGACAUUAGCCUUGGGCAGACCGGCCGGAAAAGGGGGGUCGCCAGGUUCAGAUCUGGUUUCAGAGGCGGAUCGAGCGGGUGACUUUUGUGCAUUCGUUUUAAUUUUUGUAAAUCUCUCUUAUUUUUCCUCCCUCGCCCGCUGCCGGGCAUGUCCUGAUCUGGCGCCCGCUACUACUGCCCCGGGCUGCCGAUCAGAGCGGUUUCCAGUGGGUCUCCCUCCCUCCCUGGCUGACUUUGCAACACCGCGUUCCAGGCGGAUCGACCUCGGCGAGGAAGGAGGCGGGGGAGCCGCGAACACCAGGACCCAAGCCUUGACAUGCUCUCGGGCGGAGAGGAGGAAGCCAGGACCUGAGCGCACCGCCGGGGCUAAUUCGCCGCCCGGGUCCGAGCACGGGGCUCUGGGCGCUUUGCCCUGAGCCUGGGCGGCAGCCUUGUUGGUCUGGGGGAGCCCCCCUCUUCCCGCCCCGGGGGUCCGCGGCCGGCAGGACCAUGCUGCUGAAGGAGUACCGGAUCUGCAUGCCGCUCACCGUAGCCGAGUACAAAAUCGGACAGCUGUACAUGAUCAGCAAGCACAGCCACGAACAGAGCGACCGAGGAGAAGGGGUGGAGGUCGUCCAGAACGAGCCCUUCGAGGACCCUCACCAUGGGAACGGGCAGUUCACGGAGAAACGCGUGUAUCUCAACAGCAAACUGCCUAGUUGGGCUAGAGCUGUUGUUCCCAAGAUAUUUUAUGUUACAGAGAAGGCAUGGAACUAUUAUCCCUACACGAUUACAGUGUUCCUUUCUGCCAAAAUUCUCCAUUCAUAUAGAAACCAAGUAUGAGGACAACAAAGGAAGCAACAACAGCAUUUUUGACAAUGAAGCCAAAGAUCUGGAGAGAGAAGUGUGCUUUAUCGAUAUUGCCUGCGAUGAAAUUCCAGAACGUUACUACAAAGAAUCUGAGGAUCCUAAACACUUCAAGUCAGAGAAGACAGGACGGGGCCAGUUAAGGGAAGGCUGGAGAGAUAGUCAUCAGCCCAUCAUGUGUUCCUACAAGCUGGUGACCGUGAAGUUUGAGGUCUGGGGGCUUCAGACCAGAGUGGAACAAUUUGUACACAAGGUGGUCCGAGAUAUUCUUCUGAUUGGACAUAGACAGGCUUUUGCAUGGGUUGAUGAGUGGUAUGACAUGACAAUGGAUGAAGUCCGAGAAUUUGAACGAGCCACUCAGGAAGCCACCAACAAGAAAAUUGGCGUUUUCCCCCCUGCCGUUUCUAUCUCCAGCAUUCCCCUGCUGCCGUCCUCAGUCCGCAGCGCCCCUUCCAGCGCUCCAUCCACUCCUCUCUCCACAGAUGCGCCAGAAUUUCUGUCGGUUCCCAAAGAUCGGCCCCGGAAAAAGUCUGCCCCAGAAACUCUCACGCUUCCAGACCCUGAGAAAAAAGCCACCCUGAAUUUACCUGGCAUACAUUCUUCAGAUAAGCCAUGUCGGCCUAAAGCAGAGUAACUUCAUAAGAAUAUUUCAUGGGGUUUUAUAUUUUCGGUUUGGGGUCUUGUUUUUUUUUGUUUGUUGUUUUUUUUUUAAUAAUCUGGUAUAGAAAAAGACUGCUUUGUCACUCAAACAUGUCACUUUGAUCUUUUGAGUGUGCAGGUAGUUAAGUAAUUUCACGUAUGAUCCCUUAAGUAUGCCACACAGCGCCAUAUUAGACGUAAGACGUAAGACUUGCAAAGGACAGAAGGGAUCUUCUGUAGCCACAGCUGGAUGCCGGGGAGGAAGCCUUGUUUAUUGGGCAUUUGAUGAGGUUGGCAUGGACUUCAAGGGUAAAUAAAUGAAAACUUUGCACCACUGUGUUACAAGGUGUAGUGAAAUAGUGAAGUCAGUUUCCUCCCAUCAAACCUGAAAUUCUCGAAAAUAUUCUCAGGCAUAAUAUACCUAAUUGUUAAAUUUUGAACUGCUCCUUACCAAUACUUGAAUACCAGUAGUUACUGAGAUUCCUAUUUGCGUUAGUCUGACUCAGGAUUUGGGGCCUAAUUAACUCUUUAAAUUUUUUGGAAAUUUUAAUUAUCAACAUGUAGAGGCUCCAAGUGCAAUUAACAGUAACUUAUUUAUACCUUUCACACAAUUUAAUAAAGAUUCCACUUGUUUCUGUCUUUUAAUAACUUUCCCCUUCGUGCCCUUGUGGCCUCAGAAAUCUUUUAAGAAUUACAUGGAUGAAUGUGACCAUAACUGUCUGAUUUGGGGAUGGUUUGGUUUAGGAACCAAGAGGCCCAGGUGAGGCAAACGUCUUUUUUUUUCUACAGGUACCAACGAACCUUGACCUAUCACCUUCCGUCAUCCUUUAAGAUUCUCAGAAUUUGCAAUUAAUUGAGUAGAAUUCAUUGACUCUUUACCCACUCAAAGAAGUUCAAGGAUAGAGUAAACUACCUGGACUUUAACACUGUCAGAGUUGUCUCCCAUCCCCUUCCUCAUUUUACUCUUAAUAACAUCUAGACCUCCCUGAACGGAUUGCCCAUCACUAGACCUUAGAAAAGAUUGUCAUUCUCUUGCUCCUUACUUGAAAUCCAAAUAUUGGGAAUGUCACAAAAGUCGAGUGAAUACAGUCGAGUGGGAGGAGAAAAUGAGCAGAAUGGCUGACUCCUAUCUGUAGAGUAACAAGGAAAAGUGAUAAAAGAUGCCCCUCUGUCUAGCUUUCUUUUCUGAGAGUAUUGGUAAUGCAAGAUUAGACUCAAGGUUGAUGGGAGACAAGAUCACUCACCAAAGUGGCAGAGAGAGAACUCUCCUUUGAUCUAAAGAGAAGACUGCCACCUUCGCACCUCACUGCCUUUAAACACAGAAAGAAGAGCAAACAGAAUCUGGCAUUUCCUUUUGUCCUCCAAGAGAGGAAGAGAACAAGGUAAUUGGGCAACUCCAAGGCCCCAGCUAGCCUUCCUGACCAUAACCUCCAACCUCAGGAAAGGGACCUUCCCCAAACACAGAUUCCAAAGGACACUACAUAGACCAAGGAGGGUAUCCUCCUCCUCUUACACAGCCUCUCAGCCAGUGGACCCUGCCUGCUUCUCUCUCUCAGAGCACAGCACUCUGCCUAGUGUCCUUCCAGUUAACAGACUCUCCCAAGGUGCAGGUGCUGGCCCCAUGAGCCCAGCACCAAGUGUUCUAAGUCAUAUGUCAGAUUGUCAAGAUCAUUUCUUUAUCUAUAGGUUGACAUUUAGCUUAAUAAAUAAAUAAACCCAGAACUCAAAGGGAACCCAUUGCAAAUAGCUUAGAUCAACAGUGCAUCUCUUCCCUAAGAAUGAUAGCACCAUAGUAAGACACCGCCUUUGCAUGGUAUGGUAGCAUGAUUUUUGCUUGUGGGAAAACUCAAUCUUUUAUCAAGACCCCUUGGACUUCUCAGUGGCUCUCUUUCGACACAGUAGCACUUAACAAGAAUGUUUCCCUUUGGAAGUAAAAUUCUCCUUUCAGAAGACAGUGACAUGGUGUGUAUAUUUGCUUACCAUUUGCAAGCUGAAAUCAGGAUGGGGUGGGAUCGUGAUUUUUGCAUGGAAUGAAUUUAUUUUGUGCGUGCUGUUCACACAUCUAGACCUAGUUUUUCUGUUGAUGCCAUUGCUAAUUUUCCAUUUUUGUAAAGUAGCUUCUGCUAUCCAGGUCAGCAAUUCUAUAUGCUUUAGAAAGCUAAUUUCUGGUUUCCUACUGUGAGUUUUCUUUCUCUUAUAGCCAGUACAAUACCACAGACAUUACUUGCAAAACUACCACUGAUAGUGUAAUUCUUAGCCAACAAAUAUGUGUGCUCUUAAAGUAUGUUCAGUUUUUCUGUCUACAUGGGGUUU